UGAGGGUCGGCGCCUUGACACGCAGAAAUCAAUCCUCGCGGCUUUUUAAAUUUAAAACCAAGACAUUUGUGAGCUAAAACCCGUUUAGAGAUGUUUUAUCAUAUCUCUUUGGAGCAUGAGAUUCUCCUCCAUCCAAGAUACUUUGGACCUAACCUUUUGAACACAGUCAAGCAGAAACUGUUUACUGAGGUGGAGGGAACAUGUACAGGAAAGUAUGGCUUUGUUAUUGCAGUAACCACAAUCGAUAAUAUUGGAGCAGGUGUAAUACAGCCUGGCAGAGGUUUUGUGCUGUAUCCCGUCAAAUACAAAGCCAUUGUAUUCCGUCCCUUCAAGGGAGAAGUUGUGGAUGCUGUUGUCACUCAAGUUAACAAAGUCGGACUCUUUACAGAAAUUGGCCCCAUGUCUUGCUUCAUUUCUCGUCAUUCUAUUCCCUCUGAGAUGGAGUUUGACCCAAACUCAAAUCCUCCAUGCUAUAAGACAGUCGAUGAGGACAUUGUCAUCCAACAAGAUGAUGAAAUUCGACUGAAGAUUGUGGGAACUCGAGUGGAUAAGAAUGAUAUUUUUGCCAUUGGAUCUCUUAUGGAUGACUACCUGGGUCUUGUGAGCUGAUUCUUUUGUCAAGAAUAUGGGAAAUAUUAAACUUGAUGGUGUGAGGAUGCUACGUAGUUUGUAUAUACUGUAA